AAAAUGAUGCUUGUGAUCAUGCUCACUGGACUGUGGCUGCUGUCUGCAGUAAAGGCGGAUUCCAAAGCCAUUACGACGUCUCUGAUGACAAAAUGGGUUUCUACUCCACUGUUGUUAGAAGCCAGUGAGUUUUUAGCAGAAAACAGUCAAGAGAAAUUUUGGAAAUUUGUAGAAACCAGUCAAAAUAUUGGAUCACCAGAGGAUUACGGUACUGAUUAUUCCUACUAUCAUGCAGUAUUGGAGGCUGCAUUUCAGUUUCUGUCGCCUUUACAGCAGAAUUUAUUGAAAUUUUCUCUAUCUCUUCGUUCUUACUCCGCUACAGUUCAAUCCUUCCAGCAGAUAGCUGCUGAUGAACCACCGCCAGAAGGCUGCACUUUUUUUUUUUCAGUUCACCAAAAGAAGACUUGUGAUUUUGAUACCCUUGAGAGUUUUCUCCUUACAGCAUCUGAAAGACCUAAACCAUUGUUACUUAAAGGAGAUCACAGAUACCUGUCAUCUAACCCAGAAAGCCCAGUUGUGAUUUUCUACGCUGAGAUUGGCCAUGAAGCAUUUUCAGUUUUCCACCGACAACUUGUAUCAAAAAGCAUCUCUGGCAAAAUCAACUAUGUGUUCAGACAUUAUAUAUCUCGGCCUGGUCUGGAACCUGUUUACCUCUCUGGCUAUGGUGUGGAGUUGGCCAUUAAGAGCACUGAGUACAAGGCCAAGGAUGACACUCAAGUGAGAGGAACUGAGGUUAAUGCCACUGUGAUAGGUGAGAAUGAUCCCAUUGAUGAAAUUCAAGGGUUCCUCUUUGGAAAAUUAAGAGAUCUGCACCAUGACCUGGAGGGACCAUUGAAAGAACUCAGAAAGCAUCUCGUGGAGAGUACCAAUGAAAUGGCACCUUUGAAAGUCUGGCAAUUGCAAGAUCUAAGUUUCCAGACUGCUGCUAGAAUCCUGGCUGCUCCUGUUGAGUUGGCUUUGGUGGUUAUGAAGGACCUUAGUCAAAAUUUCCCUACAAAAGCAAGAGCAAUAACAAAAACAGCUGUGAGUCUGGAACUAAGAACUGAAGUGGAAGAAAAUCAGAAGUAUUUCAAAGGAACAUUAGGAUUGCAGCCUGGAGAUUCAGCUCUGUUCAUUAAUGGACUUCACAUUGAUUUAGAUACACAGGAUAUAUUCAGCUUAUCUGAUGUGUUGCGGAAUGAAGCACGAGUAAUGGAAGGUCUUCACAGAUUGGGAAUAGAAGGCUUUUCUCUGCAUAAUAUCUUGAAACUAAACAUGCAGCCCUCUGAGGCCAACUAUGCAGUAGACAUCAGGAAUCCUGCCAUUUUAUGGAUUAACAACCUGGAGAUUGAUAGCAGAUAUGAUUCCUGGCCUUCUAGUUUGCAAGAAUUGCUACGACCCACCUUUCCUGGUGUUAUCAGGCAGAUCAGGAAAAACUUGCAUAACAUGGUUUUUAUAGUUGAUCCUGUUCAUGAGACCACAGCAGAGCUGAUUAAUAUAGCUGAAUUGUUCCUCAGUAAUCAUAUACCAUUAAGAAUUGGCUUAAUCUUUGUGGUUAAUGACUCUGAAGAUGUUGAUGGGAUUCAGGAUGCUGGAGUGGCUGUUCUUAGAGCAUAUAAUUAUGUUUCCCAGGACUUGGAUGAUUAUCAUGCAUUCCAAACUCUGACACAUAUAUAUAAUAAGGUGAAGACUGGAGAAAAGGUUAAAGUUGAGCAUGUGGUCAGUGUCCUGGAGAAGAAAUAUCCCUAUGUAGAAGUGAAUAGUAUAUUGGGAAUGGAUUCGGCUUAUGAUCAGAAUCGAAAGGGAGCAAGAAUUUACUAUGAACAGACUGGUGUUGGGCCUCUGCCCGUUGUUCUAUUCAACGGGAUGCCCUUUGAGAAGGAGCAGCUUGACCCUGAGGAGUUGGAAACUAUUACAAUGCACAAAAUCUUGGAGACCACAUCCUUCUUCCAGAGAGCAGUAUAUUUGGGUGAACUGUCCCAUGAUCAGGAUGUGGUUGAAUAUAUCAUGAAUCAACCAAAUGUUGUUCCACGAAUCAAUUCUAGGAUUUUGAUGGCUGAACGAGAAUACCUAGAUUUAACAGCAACUAAUAAUUUCUUUGUGGAUGAUUAUGCUAGAUUUUCUCUCUUGGAUUCUUCAGGCAAGACUGCAGCUGUAGCCAAUAGUAUGAAUUAUCUGACUAAAAAAGGAAUGUCUUCCAAGGAAAUCUAUGAUGAUUCAUUUAUUAGGCCAGUAACCUUUUGGAUUGUUGGAGAUUUUGAUAGACCUUCUGGAAGACAGUUGCUCUAUGAUGCUAUUAAACAUCAGAAAUCUAGUAACAAUGUGAGAAUAAGCAUUAUCAAUAAUCCUAGUGAGAGUCUAAGUUAUGAAGACACUCAGAUCUCCAGAGCAAUCUGGGCAGCCCUUCAGACACAGACUUCCAACUCUGCUAAGAAUUUCAUCACCAAAAUCGUCAAGGAGGACACAGCAGAAGCCCUGGCGGCAGGUGCUGACAUUGACUCAUUCUAUGUUGGUGGCAUGGAUUUCAACCUUUUUAAAGAGGUCUUUGAGUCUUCCAAAAUGGAUUUCAUUUUAUCUCAUGCCAUGUACUGCAGGGAUGUUCUGAAGCUGGAGAAGGGACAAAGAGCAGUGAUCAGCAAUGGAAGGAUUAUUGGGCCACUGCGAGACAGUGAACUUUUUAAUCAAGAUGAUUUUCACCUCCUAGAAAAUAUCAUACUAAAAAUUUCGGGACAGAAAAUAAAAUCUCAUAUUCAGCAGCUUCAGGUAGAAGAAGAUGUGGCAAGUGAUUUGGUAAUGAAGGUGGAUGCGCUCUUGUCUACUCAACCCAAAGGAGAUGCAAGAAUUGAGCACCAGUUCUUUGAAGAUAAACAUAG